GGAAGAGGGGGGUGUAUGAUGACCGAGAGAGGCGGCUGUUGGAAAGCAGCGCUCCUGAUUCUCAACCAUCCGCCACAAGGUGAAUCUCUGCCGGAGGAGCACAGGACGAGACUUGGCGGAGACAUCUGCGCGUCUCCAUUCUUCACUUCAUUUCCUGUUUGUUUGGUCUCGACCCGGCGGGCGAAACUCCGCAGAGAGACGGACAUCGACAGCAGGCGUCACAGUGACAGGCAGCAGGAAAGAUGGGAAGGAAGAAAAUACAGAUAUCUCGUAUUCUGGACCAGAGGAAUAGACAGGUGACCUUCACCAAGCGUAAGUUCGGCCUGAUGAAGAAGGCGUACGAGCUGAGCGUGCUGUGCGACUGCGAGAUCGCCCUCAUCAUCUUCAACAGCACCAACCGCCUGUUCCAGUACGCCAGCACCGACAUGGACAAAGUGCUGCUCAAGUACACCGAGUACAGCGAGCCGCACGAGAGCCGCACCAACACGGACAUCCUGGAGACUCUGCGCAGGAAGGGCCUCGGCCUCGACGGCUCCGAGCUGGACGGCGAGGAGAGCAUGCAGGUGGCGGCAGAAAAGUUCCCUCCCAGCGAGGGCGUGGACCUCUCGUUGGCUCGCCAGCGCUUCUACGCUCCGUCCCUCCUCUCGCCGGAGGCCCAGUUCCUGAUGUCUGCAGGAUGUGAGAACGGCUUCCCCAACUCCUCCGGGCCGAGCGGGCCGUCCCACAGACCCCCGGGCUUCAAAGCUCUGGGCUCCAGGCCCGGCUCUGCCGGCCCGGCGGCGCCACACGCGCACGCUGCGUUCGUGUCUCCGCACUCGGGCAUCGGCUACUCCGUGUUCUCCCACGGCAACCUGAAUCGACCUCUGGAGAUGAAGAACCCCCCGGCCCUGAGCCUGGGGAGCGAGAACCCGCGGGGGGGGGACGCCGCCGCCGCCGCCGCCGCCAGUCAAGCCAUUGGGCCCGUGCGCGGCAACCACAGGGGGGUCCUGUACCAGGGCCUGCACAGCAGCGGCUCCAUGGUGGCCAUGGGCAAGGCCGGCCUGCUGGGUCACAGCUUGGGGGGCUACGGCCUCCCGUCCCCCGCUACCUCUGAGUACAGCCAACCUGGUUUUUAUCACUCCGUCAGUCUGCAACGAGGAGCAGUGAACCCCUGGCAGCCUCAGGACUCCCACGGGCCCCACAUGAGCCCCGGGAUGUCCAGCGGAGGGUGCUCCUUCGCCUCCCAAUCCUGCUCCUCCACCUCCCCCCACAUGCCCUCCCUCAACCUCAGCAUCAAAUUGGAGCGUAGCUCUCCGGAGCAAAUGUCCUCCCCCCCCACCCCCCCUCUACACCACCUCGGACAGCACUCUCCAAUGAGCAACCCGGAUUCGGGCGCGCCUCCGGAGGCCGCGCCGCCAACGGCACCAAGGACUUUCCCAAAGCCCGGCUACGCGCAGGACGAAGAGGGAGGGGGGCAGCCCGUCAGGCAGGUGGAGAUCAGUGACGGGUGGCAGAGAUAGCAGCCCGACGCCGUCCCCCAUUCUAUCGGCCAUCUCCCCUCCCUCCCUCCCCCCUUCUACCCCCCCCCACGCACACACACGUAUACCAUAUAUAUAUAUAUA